UAGAACAAUUGAGCAAAGGAUUUGCUUUUCGUCACUCAGUCAGUUUUGGUUCGGUCUCUUCAUAUCCUGGCCAGUCUGAAGUUAUGAUCCGCAUUUUUUUAUUUUGUACGGAUGCGUUUGUCUUGAGAAGCUGUUGGAUAAUCCAAUUAGGAACGCCAUGGAAUAGAUCACUCCAAAACCUUGCUUCUUUGAGUGAGUACUGAGGGCAUUUGGAUAAACAAUGGAACAAAGGAGAGCAGGGAACCGGGCGGGUAGACGCGCAGCUCGAUGUGUGCUCGCGGUGCUUUUGUGGAGCGUGGCCUCAGCACAAUUAAGGUAUUCCAUUUCUGAGGAGGUCAGUGAAGGAACUGCGGUUGGAAAUGUAGCAAAAGAUUUGGGAUUGGAUAAAAAUGCGCUGAAAAGCAGGAAGUGCCGCGUUGUUUCCGGAGCUGCGGACCCCGUCUUUCAUCUGAACGAAAACGACGGUGUUCUCUAUGUGAGCCGAAAACUCGACAGAGAAGAGGUGUGCGCACAGAACAGCGUGUGCCUGAUAAACCUCAAAAUUGUGUUAGAAAACCCUCUAGAGGUGCACAACGUUGGCGUAGAAGUGCGUGAUAUAAACGACUACUCCCCCAGUUUCCCGGAAAACGAGAAGACACUGGAAAUCUCAGAGUCCGUGUUGCCCGGAGCCCGAUUCCAACUAAAACCGGCGCGGGAUCCAGACAGCGGCUCUUUCUCUGUGCAGCAGUACAAACUGAGCCAAAACGAACAUUUUCGCUUAGAAGUGAGGGAAAAGGAAGAUGAUGGAAAAAUACCAAUAUUAGUUUUACAAAAAUCUUUGGACAGGGAAAUAACACGAGACCUUUCAUUAGUGCUGACCGCAUUGGAUGGAGGAAAGCCCCCAAAAUCAGGAGAUAUGAAAAUAUUUGUAAACGUUUUGGAUGUAAAUGAUAACACUCCUAUUUUCUCAAAUAAUGCAUACACUGCUACCCUCGCUGAAAAUGCUCCUGUAGGGACAACAGUGAUACAAGUAAAUGCUACUGAUUUGGAUGAUGGUCAAAACGGAGAGGUGAUUUAUUCAUUUGGCAACAGUGUGAGUAGUAAAAUAUUUAAUCUUUUUGACAUCGACCAAAUAACAGGAAAAAUAACUGUUAAUGCACCUAUAGACUAUGAACAAAAGGAUAAAUAUGAAAUAGAAAUACAGGCCUCAGAUAAAGGUUUGGCUCCUCUUACAGCUGAAAAAAGUGUUCUAAUUAAAAUAGUUGAUAUGAACGAUAACGCUCCUGAGAUUGAAGUUACUUCAUUUUCCAGUUUAAUUCCUGAAGAUUCCAGACCAGGAACUACAGUCGCUCUGAUCAGUGUAAAUGAUCUGGACUCUGGUCUGAAUGGAAAAGUUAUUUGUUCUAUAAAUAAGGAUGCUCCGUUUACUCUAUCACCAUCUUUACAGGAUAAAAUGUUUUCAUUAGUCACAACAACUCCUUUAGACAGAGAGAAACAGUCACAUUAUGAUCUGACAAUCACUGCACAUGAUGCAGGUCAGCCUCCAUUAUCAUCUGAAAAAACAAUUAGUGUUUUGGUGUCAGAUGUGAAUGACAACAGUCCAGAGUUUUCAUUGAGUCCCUAUACAUUUUAUAUUACAGAAGGUAACAGUCCAGGAGCCUCUGUGUUUUCUGUGAAAGCAUCUGAUCGAGAUGAGGGAGAUAAUGCACUUAUUUCAUAUCAUAUAUUCAGGGAAGCAGAUGAGCACAGUAGACUAGCCUCAUUUCUAAACAUAAACUCUGAAACAGGAGACAUUGUGGCGCUGAAGAGUUUUGAUUUUGAAACUCUAAAAACUUUUCAGUUCCAAGUUGUGGCCACAGAUUCUGGAGCUCCGUCUCUGAGCAGCAACGUGACAGUGAACGUGUUCAUUCUGGAUCAGAACGACAACGCUCCAGUCAUCCUGUAUCCAGUCAGCUCCAACGGUUCUGCUGAAGGCGUGGAGGAGAUUCCCCGCAACGUGAACGCAGGACACUUGGUGACUAAAGUCAGAGCCUAUGAUGCUGAUAUAGGAUAUAACGGCUGGCUGCUGUUCUCACUGCAGGAAGUCAGUGACCACAGUCUGUUUGGUUUGGACCGCUACACAGGACAGAUCAGAACACUUCGCUCAUUCACAGAGACAGACGAGGCUGAGCAUAAACUGCUCAUACUGGUCAAAGACAAUGGCAACGUGUCCCUGUCAGCAACAGCUACUGUCAUUGUCAAACUGGUGGAGCCCAAAGAGGCUUUUGCAGCUUCUGAUGUGAAAAGUGCAGCAAAAGAUGAGGAGGACAAUAAUGUGACUUUUUACCUCAUCAUCACUCUGGGCUCAGUGUCAGUUCUGUUCCUCAUCAGCAUCGUCGUGCUGAUUGCAAUGCAGUGCUCCAAAUCCACAGACUAUACUUCUAAAUAUCUGCAGGAGGCUAAUUAUGAUGGGACACUGUGUCACAGCAUCCAGUACAGAUCUGGAGACAAACGUUACAUGUUAGUUGGACCCAGGAUGAGUAUAGGAUCUACUAUAGGACCCGGAAGUCAUGCAAACACUCUGGUGUUACCUGACAGGAGGAAGACCUCUGAAGAGGUAAGAGAUACUUAAAACAAAAAUGUUUGC